AUGGCAUCGUUCUCGCCAUGCUCCGCAACUCGCUACUUGCGGGUGCUGCUCGUGCUGCUGCUGGAACGAGUGAGAUACAUCUCGGCAGGCGAUGCCGAAGAUGCCAAGAUUACCUGUGCACAUCUUCAACCGCAGGUGUGUUCUCAUCGAGGGAACCACGACGACAGCGAGCUUCAGCUACUCAGUGCGAUGAAGAUGCAGGAUCUUCUUAACAGCAGGCACAGCAUACAUUGUGCCGACCUCGACCUCACGAGAAUUUGGGCAUCUCGUCGCGACGACUCUGCGCUGGAGUUGGUAGUUGGUCAUCCGGAUGAUUUCGAGAGGUUGGUUCCGUCAGCUGUACGCAGACGCAAUGGCUCCACGGCGGUCGAGAUCGACCUCAAAAAGAUCCCCCGAGACAUGGGCAAGGCCUUGCAGCUGACACAGCUUCUAUUGAUUUUGCAAACGAACUCUGCCAGGUUUGUUGCUUUCGAGAUCAAGGACAUGGAUCUCGCAGCCCUGGAGUUGACGUUGCAGACACUGCACCGAGCAGGGAUGGCAGGUGGAUGCAAGUUCGCCGUGUGGUAUUCGCCUGCGGAUGUCGACCUGUUCCAGCAGGUCCACAGGAAGCGGUACCCGGAGAUCAAGAGCAUCCUUGCCAUGUACGAUCGACCGUGGAAAGGGAACCCAGCUGCUUCUUUGGCCAGUUUAGAUGAGGCAGCAGAAGGUGGCUUCGAUAUGGUGGGACCGUCCAUCGAUGUGAGCGAGACGCUGCUGUCCAAAGCUGUUCGCCAAGGUUUCAGCGUGAUGACCUAUGGCAUUUCCACCGAGGAGCACGUUAUGAAAGCAGCCAGAACCGGCGUGCAGUACAUGGCGACUGACAAGCCAGUCUGGCUGCAAUCUCAGCUGGAGAUGCUCCGUUCGAAAGGCGGCUGUGGCGGACCGGGGCGGCUGCUUGCGGCGCUCGUGGACUUCGACACAGCCUACGCCGGCCCUCCUGGGCGCAGGGCUGGGUGGGGGUGCGCGCUGGGCGGCGGCGACCGGUAUGCAGCACUCGCUGGUGGGAUGGCCUCAGCUGGAACCCGUCUUGGAGGCUUUUCUCCAGUUUGGUGGGAGUGGCGCCAUGACCUCGUCCGCAUCCGCGCCGAGGUGGUCAGGGAGCUCCAGGAAAUGGUCGACGACGCCUCGGAGGAUACGAUCGCCUGGCUGGGCGCUCUUCCCCCCCACGUGAGGGCGACCUACGAGACGAGCGAUCAACCCGCCCCUUCCAGGGAGCGGUGUUCGACAGGCUGCUCCGACGAGGGCUUCGACAUGUUGGGCCGGGUCCGCACAGCCCCAGGCUGGAAGCUGCGCUCCGACGAGCGUUACGCUCGCCCUGAAGGGCUGGACCGGCUGCGGGAGAACCCCCCAAUACGUGGCCAGGAUCCUUGGGGCUGCGCUAUGGCUGGUAAGCAGGAGGAAGAGCCUUCUUCUCCAGAAGCGGAGACAAUGCCAAAGCCGAAGCGCCGUCCGCAGGCUCAGGCCAUGUCGGAACGCCAUCUAAGUGCCAUGUGUUCCAUCCCUGCCGUGUCGUCUGGUGCCAUCGUGCCUUGCCAACCUCCGGCAACCACACCUUCGGCAGAUCCACCGUCUGUGGGAUUUGCCAAGAAGAUGCCGGUCAAGAACGUGCCGAAGCCGCCUGCAACACCGCCUCCUGCCCACAUCGUGCCGGCCAAAGCUCGACCAGGUGCCGCGACUAGCACAGCGGCAUUUGCGAAGGCCAAGUCUCUGGCGGUUCUUCCAAGCACAGCCACGUCCCCUCCAGAUGCUGGAAUGUCGAAGGCUGUGAUGCCUCCAUCACCGAGUGUGGCCGUCAAGGCCAUGCCACGCAAGACGAUGGGUGAUGGCAGCCGAGCACAAGGUGACGAAACUGCAUUCGCCAAGCAGGCUUCGAGUUUGUCUGGCCCGGCUGUCAGCGAAGGUUCAGAGCCUCAACAGGGCAAUCUGUCAGACUUGCCACGCCUACUCGAAGAGACAGGCAAAGAGGAUGACAGGAAUUCUGAGGAUGAAGACGAAGAGGCAGCAGCCAAAGCGGCCAAGCUGCCCCACCAAAUGCCUGCUGUGCGAUCUCUAAUGGGCUUGGACGAUUCUCGCCUGAGCGAGUACCAGAUGGAAUUGGUCAAGGAUCUGGCGAGCGGCUCCAAGUUUCAUGAUCCGGCACGGGACCCGCAAGCAUACCGCAAGCAAGCUCGGAACAUGUGUUUGGUCGAGGUCAGUCGCUUGAAGUUCUGCCACAAAGACAUAGGUCCUCGCUUCUCGCAUGGCUCGCACCAGGGGGUGCCCGUCCUCAAGCUGCUGCAGGAUCUGCAUGCUGGGCGUGCCGAUCCAAAAGAGCUGCCCCCACUGGUGGUGAUGCGAAACAGAGGGGACCUGCAAGUCGUUUGCGGCAACAGGAGACUGUAUUGCUUAAAACGGUUCGCGAUGGAAGCUUCAAAGGCAGUGGAUGUCUGGUGUGUCGUCUAUGACCUGAAGGCCAAGGACACACCUCGCCCGCUGCUUUUCAAGUACAUUCUUGCAACCACCACGCAAGACAGCAACACUGUGAGUGCUCGGGUCCGAUGA